UGCCUAGCAGGGAUCCUGCCGCCUCCGGUCCUGGAGGAGAGUGAGGGGCGUCCAUAUCAACUGAGCCCCGGGCCUAGAUCCUGACACUGCGCUCUGGCCUUGGCAGCGGCACCGGCUGCUAACAACACCCCCCGAUCCUUAUUCCAAUCACAGGUGCUGUUUGGUGUAGUCCGGCCUGGGAUCGUAGUGCUGCUGGAGCGUAGUGGACUCUGUGCCGAGACGAUGGGCUCCAUGUUCCGCAGUGAAGAGAUGUGCCUGGCCCAGCUGUUCCUCCAAGCCGCCUCGGCCUAUGAUUGUGUCAGUGAGCUUGGGGAGGCCGGUCUAGUGGAGUUCAGAGACCUCAACCCAAAUGUCACAACCUUCCAGCGUAAAUUUGUCAGUGAGAUGAGGAGGUGUGAAGAGAUGGAGAAAACGCUGGGCUAUUUGUUGCAAGAAAUUAAGAAAGCUGAUAUCUCUCUGAUGGACAGUGAUGUAAAUCCUGUUGCACCUCUACCACAGCAUGUUUUAAAAAUACAGGAGCAGCUUCAACAGCUGGAAGCGGAGCUGAGAGAAGUGACAAAAAACAAGGAAACUCUGAAGAGAAAUUAUCUGGAGCUAACUGAAUACAGUCAUAUGCUGAGAGUAACACAGAACUUCAUCAAAAGGGCUUCUGAGCUUUUUUUUAUUCUGUCUUUGCAGAUUUGGAAUCUGGCAAGUAAUCGCCUCAGUUUUCUGAAUUCAUUUAAAAUGAAAAUGUCAGUGAUCCUGGGCAUUAUUCACAUGACCUUUGGGGUCAUUCUUGGAGUCUUUAAUCACUUGCACUUUAAGAAGAAAUUUAAUAUUUACCUGGUAUUUAUCCCUGAACUGCUCUUCAUGAUGUGCCUGUUUGGGUACCUCGUGUUUAUGAUCAUAUAUAAAUGGUUGGCAUAUUCUGCUGCAAACUCCGAUUUGGCUCCGAGCAUCUUGAUUCAUUUCAUUAACAUGUUCGUCAUGCAGCGGAACCAAGACGCAAAGCUUUACCCUGGACAGAAUGGAUGCCAAGUAUUCCUGGUUGUGAUUGCUUUACUAUCUAUUCCCGUUUUGCUGUUCGGAAAGCCAGGAUAUCUCUACUGGAAACAUCAUGGAGGAAGAAACUUUGGAACAUACAGAAAAGGCUACACACUGGUCCGAAGAGGGAGUGAAGAGGAGAUGUCACUGCUGAGAGCUCAUGAAAUGGAACAGGGAGAAAUAGAUUCAAACCACAGCAGCCAGACAAAUGGAUCUGAACAAGAGUUCAAUUUUGGUGAUGUUUUCAUGCACCAAGCUAUUCAUACCAUUGAAUAUUGCCUGGGCUGUGUAUCUAACACUGCAUCAUACUUGAGGCUCUGGGCCCUCAGCCUGGCUCAUGCUCAACUUUCUGAGGUCCUGUGGGGGAUGGUGCUGCAUGUGGGUCUUCAUAUGGAUAGUGAUUAUGGCUCGCUGUUAUUGGUCCCCGCCUUUGCCUUCUUUGCAGUUCUAACUGUAGCCAUUUUACUGGUCAUGGAGGGACUUUCAGCAUUCCUACAUGCACUCCGACUGCAUUGGGUGGAAUUUCAAAACAAGUUCUACACAGGCAGUGGAUACAAGUUUUCUCCAUUCUCCUUUGAGCUGCUUACUCAGAGUUUUGAUGAUUUUGCCUAGAAAAUUGCUUUGUGCAUGUGAGUUUGACGAGUGUCGGUGGCGUGAUCAUGUGACACAGCUUCUCACGACAAAUAUUUUGCACUGAAUGCCUUACCAAAUAUAUGCGCUACUUUCUCUACUAAAGAUCAAUCAUUGCUUUUAUUGCAACCUCAGGUGCUGCCAAAACUGCUAAGUUUUUCCAUCACUGUGUCUGUUAUGGAUGAACUAUUGAUCAUGACAGUUUCUCACCACCUUUCUUGAGACUGAAAGUUUAAAGUGGGAUUAUUAUGAUAUAUAAGCCAUUCGUUUUUGAAUGUAAUGUUGUAAUUGGUGUAUUGGAUGUUUCUUUAAAGAUUUCAAAAAUGUAAUCUUACAUUUUCCAAAUUUGAAAGAUGAUUUUGAGUUUCGGUUCCUCUUUUAACUUUGCUUCCAACAUCUAUUUGAAUAAAAAGAGUAUAUUUGUAUAAUUUUCCUGCACUUCACAUCUUAUCACAAUGCUGUUAUGUGACAAUAUACAGUGAAGUUUGCAUGAUGCCACAGUCAAGCUAAAAAUUGCAUUGUAAGAUGUUGAAGGUAUAGCAUGAUUGAUUUAGUAUUCAAAAUUGUCAGAACCAUGCUGGAGCUUGCCUGUUCAGACAGUGGGUAAAUCAAUCUUUCGGUUUGGAGCUUGAGCAUGAGGCUUCCAGACUCCGUCCCUGUUCAUUGAUUAGUCAGUUAAUUCAGUUGAGGUGGUGAGCAUAUAUUGAGAAUGGGUUUAACAGAUCCAGGAGGGGAAUUGACACCUAGAGCAUCCACUCACUAUUUCUGUACAGCAGUGGAUUUCACACUCAUUUACUAGAAAUAUACGAAUGUUUGCCUUAUUCUCAGGGAAACCCCUUCCAGAUACCAUCAUAUCAUCUUCAACUUCUGAGGAAACUGUCAACUUCUCGCAGAGAAAGAAUGCUGUCACUGCAGGACACACCUGAGAUAUGAACAUAUCAGCAGGAAGAACAUGUUUGUUAAUCAGAAAUGUAGAAAUAAAGUAACACAAAAAUCUGCUAAACUCCUAGAUUUUCACCCAGGUCUGAUGAUCCAAGUUUUUAUUUACUCACUGGUGAUCCUUGGCUGGAAAUUGUUCUUAAACAGAUAUUGUGAAAGCAGGAUCAAGGUGCUCUACAACCUGGCCUCUCACUACAGUUAGCUCACCAACAUUCAAGUAAAGCUUGAACACAAAGUCCUGAGUGCUAGUGGUGAAGCGCAGCUAUGCUUUGAGAGGUUUUCGCAUCUUCUGGAGAGAGGGUAGAACAAGAUUAAAUUUUAAUUCAACAAAGGCAUUCAAUAGAUUUCCUGGCUAUUAGGAUCAUACUAGAUUGUGUCAGAGAUGAAAUAUAUUGGAGAUGUUUGUUAAAAGUUGUAUGACGUGAUUAUCAUCUUUUAAUGGUUAUGAAUUCCCUUCUAAUUUAGGAAAAUGGACACAGUGUUUCCUGAAAUUCAAGGAAAUGCUGCUGCAUGAAAUUCACUGGAGAUUUUUGAAACUAACAAUGUGACAAAAUUUGACAAAUUUUUCCAGAUAAUGGAGACUUUUCUCUUUCAAACUGUGAACAUCUGUUUCUAGUAACUAUUUUCUCUCUGGUUGUGUAGUUCUGUGGCAUACAUUGUAUGUCUUUUGAGUUGCUUUCAGGAUUUGCCAGAGGUUUUCAGUCUGAGUAAGUCACUGAAUUUAAAUGUAAUUUACGUUUGCAGUGAGUUAUUUGAGUUUACUGUGUACGUCUUUGUACAUCUCCAUAAAAUUCCUCAUUCAUAGGACCGCAUGCAUCUGCUUUGAUAAUAUUUGCUCCAAUGGUUCAUUUUGACUUUUUACUGAUAUUCAACUGCUGAAAAGGGGAGGCUUGUGACAUGGAGGAGGGGGAAAUGAGAGAGAAGCAUAGGAGCCUCAGCACAUUGGAAUUGUGUGACUCAUUGUCCUAUGAUGUUGUACUUGCUACAAUGUGGCAAUGUCGUGAACUUUGAGUAUUUUAAACUAUUUAUCCUGCUACUGUCCUGAACCUAUAUCACCACAGUAAUCAAACUUCAAAAAUGCCUCACUGGCUGGAAAGCAUUGGCAAAAAUUGGCUGGAGACUUCCAAUGGUUGCAAAAGUACUAUAUAAAUGCAAGUCUGUCUUUCUUUGUCUUUUGUACUACUUAGCUGCUACUAGCAGCAAAGUUUACAGGGAGUUUAUUUGUGUAACAAAGAUAAUUUGAUGCAAUAUCAUUAUAUUUCAGAUAAAUGUAAAGCCUUUUAUAAUGCUUCUGGAACAAAAUGCCAAAUUGGUUCAACUACUUGUACUGUUUUCUGUCAGGUUAUAAUGUGCUUGAAUUUCCUUAUUUGAUAUGAGCAGAGCUGGUUAUGUUGAUCAGGCUAACAAAUUAAAAAGGUAAUUUAUUGUAAAGAGAUUGUAAAACUCCCAGAUUCCUGCUACAGACGCAAGUCUGAAAUCACUUUAGUUUUAUUGCAUGUAAAUAAUUAUUUUAUUAAUGUAGCUGUAUAAUUUGUAAAUGUCUCUGGUACAGUAGAAUUUAAUGAUUGAAGACUCCAAACUUGUGCAACAAAAUCUAGCAAAUUUAGAAUUUUUAAUUAAUGAAAAACUAUAAAUAUUUCUACCAUUUAAUACUUUUUUUCUCUUUAGUGAUUUCGCAUCCCUAAACCGAUCUAACAUUCACUGUCUGUAGAUAUACGUAGUUAAA